AUGGUAAAUGGUAACAGGACUGAUAUUGAGCAAAUGCAAGAAACUAAGCCAAACAACAUACAUGCUGAUGAGCAGCCUGAACUCUCAGAACUGGAAAGAGAAUUGAGGGAUUACUUUGAAAUGGGCAGGUCUCCUUGCUGUGAGAAAGUAGGCUUGAAAAAAGGACCAUGGACAGCAGAGGAAGACCAAAUGCUUUUGGUUUAUAUUGAAGAACAUGGCCAUGGAAGUUGGAGAUCUCUCCCAGCGAAAGCUGAUUCUUUAAGUGUUCCGAGUUUCGAGAGCUUUACAGAUCUUCUGCCUAGCAUGGACGGUGUCACUGACAACGUUGUUGGAAGCUAUGAGGGAAGUUUUGGAGAGAAUAAGAAUUAUUGGAAUGACGAACUAAAUUCAAUGGCAUUGCCAAUGUGUUCGCCUAUGAGACAAAUAUGA